AUGGGCACUUUCACCUUCAAGUGGCCCCAUGAUGCCGAGGAAGUCUACGUGACAGGCACCUUUGACGACUGGAGCAAGAGCGAGCAGCUUGACCGCGUUGGACAGAUCUUCCAGAAGACCGUAACGCUACCGAAGACCUCGGAAAAGAUUUACUACAAGUUUGUCGUCGACGGAGUUUGGACUACAGACCACACGGCGCCUCAGGAGAAGGAUCACGAAGGCAACGAAAACAACAUUUUAUUACCCAAGCAAAUAAUGGCGGACAAGGUAGAAGAGGCCGGCCCCGCCACGGCCACCAUCAACACAGUCACCCCCGAAUCCACCACCGCUCAAUUGGCCGCUGUCGUCCCCUUGACGGCCGACAAGGAGCCCACAGCUCCCGCGGGGGAGAAGAAGAAGGAGGAGGUUGUUGCUCUGGCUGAGGAGCAGAAGUCCGCCGAGGUUUCGCCUCCCGGCACCUAUCCCGAGACUCCUCUUGCCGAGCUCGACAAGCAGGUCAAGGUUGACCCCCUCCCCGCCGCCAUUGGCGCCGUCAACCCCAUCUCGUUGCCGGCUGGUGAGCCAGUUCCCAGCGCUGCCAGAGUUGAGGCCAUCGACAGCCACGUCACCUUGGACAAGGAGUCGUACGAGAAGUCUGAUCGUAUUCCCGGCAUUGAGACCGAGCUUCCCCCAGUCACCAGCACCAUGAUCCCUGAGUCCAGCCUGCCAAUCGCUGGCGCUAAUGAUGUCACCAUUAACACCGUUGGUCCCGACUCCACCACAGCCACUCUUGCCGCCCAGGCUCCCCUGGAAGGCAAGGUGCCCGAAAUCGUCAAGCACAGCCAAGAAGAGGCCCAUGUUGAGCCUGAGGCCAGCGCCAUCGAGGAGGAGGUGAAGGAGAAGGCUGCCGUCGAGGAGGAGCUUCUUCAGAAGGUUCCCGAGGUCCCUUCCACUUCCGAGGGCACUGCGGGUGUGGGCACCGACAAGUCGGAGAACGACAAGUCAGUGGCUGAGACUGUCGCCGCUGUUGCUGCCACCGCCGGCACUGCUCUCCUCGGUGCUGCCGUCGUUGCUGCCCAGAACGCCGGCGAGGUUGCUACCGAGGUCGCCCACAAGGUCAGCGAUGUUGCUGCUGACUACGCCGCCAAGGCUCCCGAGGUUGCCAGUGACGUCGCCCAGAAGGCUACCGAGGUUGCUAGCGACGCCGCCCAGAAGGCGAGCGAGGCUGCUGCCAACGUCACUACCCAGGCCACCGAGACUGCCACCGAGGCUACCCAGAAGGCGACCGAAGUCGCUACCGAUGCCGCUACCAACCUUCCCGAUUCUGUCAAGGAGAUCCUUCCCGAGUCUGUUCAGCAGACCAUCACCGAGGCCCAGCAACAAGCGGUUGAGGCCAAGCAAGAGGAGAUUGUGGAGAGCCUGGCCCCUGAUGUUCCUGCCCCUGUGAAGGAGUCCCUCAAGGAGGCUCUAGAGAGCCCCGAGGCUGCGGCCAACACUGCUGCUGUGGAGGAGAAGGCUGCUGUAGAGGCUGAGCUUUUGAAGGAGGUGAAGCCCGCAGAUUCCAUUGAGGAGUCUGCCGCCAAGGCCCAGGCGUACAUCAAGGCCGAGGAAGCUAAGGCGGAAGAGGAGGCCAAGGCUGCUGCUGCCGCGAAGAUUGAGGAAGAGACCAAGGUUGUCGCCGAUGUUGUUCCUGUUGAGGUCAAGGAGUCUUUGGAGAAGGCUGGCGAGAGCCCAGAGGCUGCUAGCAAUGCUGCUGCGGUUGAGGACAAGAGGGAGGUCGAGGCCGAACUCUUGGAGGAGGUCAAGGCUGUCGAGCCAGAGCCCCUCAAGAUUGAUGCGCCAAAGCCCGUCGAGGAGACCAAGGCUGCCGAUACUGCUGUGGUCGUUGAGCCACCUGCUGCCGCUGAGGAGGUUAAGGCUGUCGACGCUGCCCCGGCUGCCGAUACUGCUGUGGUCGUUGAGCCACCUGCUGCCGCUGAGGAGGUUAAGGCUGUCGACGCUGCCCCGGCUGCCGAGCCAGUUGCUGCUGAGCCUGCGUCCAUCAGGGCUGUUGAGCUCCCCCCAGCUGUUGAAGAGCCCAAGGUUGAGGAGCCCAAAGUUGAGGAGCCCAAGGCUGAGGAGACCAAGGCUGAGGAGGCCAAGGUUGCUGCUGAGGGUGAGGCUACCACUUCUGCCGUUCCCGCUACUACCACCGAAGCCACCACCACCACUGCCACCGAGGCCACCGCCGAGGAGGCCAAGCCCGCUACCAAUGGAAGCACACCUGCUGCUGAUGCCGCGGCCACGGAUGCCGCCGUUGCCGAGGCCACGGGUGCUGAUGCCACCCUCACCAAGACCACCACGGCCGACAAGAAGAAGAACAGAGUUAGCGGCUUCUUCGCCAAGCUGAAGCAGAAGUUCUCCGGGCAUUAA